AAAAAAUGUUAAAAUAAGAGAGGGAAAAAGAAAAGACAAAAGAUUACGUAAGCAAUAAUAAGUUAAAGAUGCUGGAAGGGAAAGCAAAGGUGGAAGACACAGAUAUGCCAGUGAAGAUGCAAAUGAAUGCAUUGAACAUUGCUUCUCAAUCUCUCGAUCUUUUUGAUGUAUCUGACUGUCAACCUAUCGCUGCUCACAUCAAGAAGGUUAAUUAUAGCUUUUCAGGUCUUGUUACUUCUUCUUUAGCUAACUUUUUUUGGGGUCAAAAUCAGGAGUUUGAUGAGAGAUAUGGAAGUGGAUGGCAAUGUGUGGUGGGAUCAAAUUUUGGGUGUUUCUUCACACAUUCUAAAGGAACUUUUAUCUAUUUUCACUUGGGGACCCUCAACUUCCUCAUCUUCAAAGGAGCCACUCUUUAG